AUGAGAUUUUCGGUGCUUCUAAUUUCGAUUUUUUGUGCAGCAUUAGCUUUUGCUGCUGAACGUCCAUUAAUUCAUUUCACUCCAGAGAAAGGUUGGAUGAAUGAUCCAAAUGGGUUGUUUUAUGAUAGGAAAGAUGAUAUAUGGCAUUUGUAUUUCCAGUAUAAUCCUAAUCAACCUUAUUGGAAUCAGCCAUUAUACUGGGGACAUGCAAUAUCUAAAGAUUUAACUACUUGGACUCAUGAAAAAUUAGCAAUUGGUCCUGAACAUGCUGAUGAAGGUAUUUUCUCUGGGAGUAUUGUUGUAGACCAUAAUAAUACUACUGGAUUUUUCAAUGAAUCUAUUAAUCCAGAUCAAAGAGUGGUUGCAAUUUAUACUAAUAAUGCAGACAUACAAACUCAAGAUCUUGCGUAUUCUCUUGAUGGUGGUUAUACUUUUACCAAAUAUUCUGAAAAUCCGGUACUUAACGUAAAUUCAACCCAGUUUAGAGACCCAAAAGUCAUAUGGCAUCAAGAGUCUUAUCAAUGGAUUAUGACUGUUGUUCAAGCUCAACAAUACCAAAUUCAAAUAUAUGGCUCUACUGAUUUAAAACAUUGGAAUCUCCAUUCCAAUUUCAGUGCUGGUUUUACAGGAUAUCAAUAUGAAUGUCCAGGCUUAAUUGAAAUUCCAAUUGUUGGCACAAAUGAAACAAAAUGGGUUAUGUUCCUUGCUAUUAAUCCUGGGUCUCCAUUAGGUGGCUCAUCUGAUCAGUAUUUUAUCGGUGACUUUGAUGGUUUCCAGUUUAAGCCAAUGGACUCAUACACUAGGUUGGUUGAUCUUGGUAAAGAUUUUUAUGCUUUGCAAACUUUUAGUGAUGUUGAAAAAACCGAUGGAGUUCUUGCUAUUGCUUGGGCUUCUAAUUGGCAGUAUGCAAAUGAUGUACCGACAAAAGGUUGGAGAAGUUCAACAUCAUUAGUUCGUAAUUUAACUCUAGACUAUAUUUCUACUAAUCCUGAAAAAAAACUAUUAAGCUUAGUACAAACCCCCGUUUUCGAGUCUAACGUGUCAAAGAGUACAGAAAAAAGUAACAUUACGUUGCAGAAGAAUGAUUCAAUUGAUUUCAAUGCAGACUCAGGUGUAUUUGAAUUUGAGUUAAAUUUCAAAGUUCUUAAGAAACUCACUUAUCCAGAAGUGCCUAAUUUAGAUUUAUAUAUCAGCACUAAAGAUGGUGCUGAGUCUAUUCGUUUUGGUUUCAAUCCGGUCAUUCAAGCUUUUUAUCUUGACAGAACCACAGAUGCUUUUAAGAACCCCUUCUAUACUGGUCAAAUAAGUGCCAAUGUUGAACCCUACUUAGAUAAUGAAUAUAAGGUUCACGGUGUUGUUGAUAGAAAUAUUAUUGAAUUGUUUUUCAAUGAUGGGGCUGUUACCAUGACCAAUACUUUCUUCUUGAGUGAAGAAGCUAAUCCUUGUACGAUGAAUCUAACAUCAAAUAUGAAUGAUGAAUUUCAUAUAAGAAGUGUUUCGUUUAAAGAGUUAUCCGUUUAG